UUUAAUUUCGAAAACUAAAUUUAUUAGUUAAAAAAAAAACAUGCAAAAUCACGUAUUCUUAAUCGCCACUCCAGGAAUCGGCCUUCUAACCCCAACCGUCGAAUUUGCUCGCCGCCUAAUUAACCGUUAUCCCAACCGUCUAACCGCCACAGUACUCCUAAUCCCGGUCCCACAAUGGCCCACCAUCCAUUCCUACAUCCAAUCACUCCACGCCACGUCAUCACCAUCACUUAACUUCCUCCUCCUCCCUUUUGUGGAGCCACCCUCACCCGAUCAAUUCCCCUCUUACGUGGCCAAUAUAACUGCGCUUGUUGACCAGCAAAAAGUCAACAUAAGAAACGCGAUUGUUUCCGAGUCAAAAAAACGACGAGUCGUCGGGCUGAUCGUUGACUUGUUCUGUACUUUCGCUGCUGACGUGGCAAACGACUUAGAUGUUCCUUCUUACCUAUUUUACCCUUCUCCCGCGGCUUUUCUCAGCUACGAACUCGAGUUGCCGAUUUCGAACUCGAAUCUCACUUCUGACGAGUCACUCACUGAGUUAACUCUUCGUGGGUUUGCUAACUCGGUUCCUCGACGAGUUCUUCUCCGGUCGGAGAUGGAGCGGUGUAAAAAUGGUGGGUUUUCUGUCCAUGUGGACCAUGCUUGUAAAUUUACCCAAAUGAAGGGUAUUAUUGUAAAUACAGUGCAAGAGUUGGAACCUUUCGCUUUGGACUCGCUCGUGUCCAAUGGAGCCCCGAAGAUUUUUCCUAUUGGGCCUGUUUUGAAUCUAAACGGGUCGGGUGAAUGGAAUUUAAAUGGAGCCCCGAAAGAGAGAGUGAUUAGCUGGCUCGAUAACCAACCCAAAUCUUCAGUGGUAUUCUUGUGUUUUGGAAGUUGGGGUAAUUUAAGUGGGCCUCAAGUGAAUGAGAUUGCAAUUGGGCUUGAACGAUCUGGGCUUCGAUUCUUAUGGGCCUUGCGUAAGCCGUCUAAGUCUGAAAUAAAUCCUUCAAUUGACUUUUCAAAUUUUGAAGGAGUAUUACCCAAUAGAUUCUUGGAACGAACGGCUAAGAUUGGCUUGGUGUGUGGAUGGGUCCCGCAAAUGACUAUCCUCACACACCAAGCCAUCGGAGGGUUCGUGUCUCAUUGUGGUUGGAACUCAACUCUCGAAAGCUUAUGGUGCGGUGUGCCACUUGCCACGUGGCCAGUUUUCGCUGAGCAACAUAUGAAUGCUUUUCUAAUAGCGAAAGAGUUGGGAUUAUCGAGUGAGAUUAGGUUGGAUUAUGAAGACGGUGUCGAUUUGGUUUCGGCCGAGGAGGUUGAGAAAGGAGUAAAGAAGUUGAUGGAGAGUGAUAACAUUUUGAGGGUAAGAGUAAAAGAUAUGAGAGAUAAAUGUAGGGUAGCCAUGGAAGAAAAUGGAUCUUCUUACUCAUUUUUGGGUGAUUUGGUUGAGGAAUUAACAUCACAUAAUUGAUGUUUAAUUUAAAUUUACAACUACAUACUAAUUUAUGUUAU